AUGAUGGACGGCGCGGCCUUUCUUGGUCCCAUGCCGAGUGACUGGGGGCGCGUGAUGCGUUAUUGCCCACGAGCAUACCAGGUCUACGUGGUGUCGGUGAACGACAUGACUGGUAAAGUUCGACUUGAUCAUCCUCGGCUUGACGAUAUACCUAUACCACCGGGAUGGUGUCUGGUGGGUCAUCCUUAUGAUAACGUAGUCAAUUUCUUUUCGAAUGUCGACAUUGGUAAAGUAAAGGUCGGAUACGACCCAAGGAUGAGCCCGGAGGCAUCAAAAGAACGCGGGGUCGAUCUACAGGAUUUCCGGCUGGCGUGA